CGUGAAGCCAGUCCAAUCCAAAUCGUUUUCGUUUCGCCUGUAUGGCGGGAUGAGAUGAAACAGCGGAAAUCUGCCUCCAAGACAGCAUUUUGAGGGCGACAGUUCAGUCAGUGACGUUAUGUAACCACGAUCAAUGACAUAAUUUUUAAAAUCUUAGGAUGUCGAGUGCUGAUGUCAUCAUUAUAGACUCUGAUGAGGAGGAAAACCGUCAUAACAAUCAUCCCUACAAGCGUCGUCCCUCGGAGUUACAAGAAAAUAAAGUAGUGUUUGCGGACUGUGAUGACAGUGAUAUCGAAAUAGAAGACGCAUCGUAUAUUCCGAAUCAAAUAGCACCGGACAGUGACAGUGAUAACUGCUGCCUUUUGGUACCUCUUAUCCACAGGGUGAAGAGUCCUGUUCCUGACAGCCACACGCGCGACGCACCAAGAAAACCAGUGCACGAUAUAUCGGACAGCGACGAGGAACACAUGCCGGACUUCAGCACUCAGAUCCACAACGACAAUAUAAGUGCAGUACCCAGACCACCGUCCAAUUCGUCGUCAGGUUGCGAAAUAUGUGAGGUGGUGCCACAUGUUGCCACGGAGACAGCAGAGACAGAGAGCGAAGUGAUUGAAGAAAGAACGAAGGUUCGAGUGAGGAGAACAAAAGAAGAACGUGAAGCCAUUAAACGAGCCAAAGAGGAAGCCAAAAAACGUAAGGCACUCGAACAAGAAGUAGCACGUUCUUGCCGUGCUUCAGACUGCCUCAAGUACAUCAAAGUUACACUGGACAAAGGCCUCUUGGAAUUGGCACCGUCCAAUGAAGUGGCGGAUGCACUGCACGCACUGGAUGUUCGUGUCAGUGUUGCCGACCUUCCCCUGGAGAGGACUGUAACAUGGACGAGGGAAAUCGUCUCCCUAGACUCCUCGAUCUCGAGCACGACGACAGUGUCGGAAAUAAAAGAGGAGGAGGUGGUCGGGGUUUUGACGGCAGACCAGUUCCUCUACCUGGUGGCGGCUCAGAGAGAGCAAAAGAAAGACGGCGUUUCCACCUUGUCGGACUAUCUCGGCAACAUGGCGGCUAUGUACGGCAGGCGGACAUGUUUCAUUCUCGGCCUCGACAAAUACUUCAGCCGAGAAAAGAAUCGCCAGAACAGGGAGUACCGUGCCAAGGUCUUGGGUGUUGCAUCGAGGGCGCCGAAAAAUGGCAUCUCCUACGAUGGACCCUCCCUUUCGAGGGACGAGAUUGAAAUGGUUAUAGUUGGGCUGCAGCUGUCUCACCCGUUUAACGUGUACUAUGUUGACUCCAUGGUGCAAGUGUCAAAGUGGAUAGCAGCAUUUACCAAGGCUAUUGCCGAGAGACCAUUCAACCCUGAACAGAACACGCUAGAGAAGCAGCGCAGGAGCCUUCACUUCCUUGCUCCCGGAGGAGGGGCCACGCGGAAGCACGACGACCCCGUCCUGACGUGGCGCUCGCAGAUCGAGCAGUUCCCCGCCGUUGGAAAGGACGCGGCGGAUGCCAUCGUCGCGGAGUAUCGUUCGCCACACAGUCUUGCGCGGGCUUAUAAAUCCUGUGGCAGCGAACAGGCCGCACAGCUGCUUCUGCAAGAUAUUGUUGUGCGUCGUGGGGAAGGACCGCUGGCAACCAUGCGCAGGGUUGGCCCGAAGCUGUCUUCGAGACUUCAUCAUUUUCUGACAACGCAAGACGGAAGCGCUUUCUUCGAAUGAUUCUUCACAUUCAGAUCUUUGGAGGGGUGUACACCUUUUUAUAUAUAUAUAUAUAUAUAUAUGCUUAUAGCUAUUUAACAUUUC